GCGACAGCAACCUGGGAUUAUCAAGGUCCCGUCUGAAGCUCAGCAAAACAAUCAUUUCAACACAUUUACUAACACCUUCGAUUUCUCCCAAAAUUCUAUUCCAUUUCCACCCAUUCCAAUACCCAAGUCCCACACAUAAUCCCGCUCAUUGAGCUUUGUUGAUACAAUGCCUGGUUUCGACUUCUCCAACCAUACUCGCAAUGCUGCCCUACACGCCAGAGGUGUUCCAUUACCAAAAGCUACAAGCACCGGAACUACAAUUGUAGGAUGCAUCUUUGAAGGAGGCGUAGUUAUCGCAGCAGAUACCAGAGCUACCAGCGGACCCAUAGUAGCAGACAAGAAUUGCGAGAAACUUCAUUACAUUGCUCCUCAGAUCUGGUGUGCAGGUGCAGGUACAGCUGCCGACACCGAAUUCACAACCGCCCUCAUCUCUUCACAACUCGAGCUCCACUCGUUAUCAACAGGUCGCAAACCUCGAGUCGUCACUUGCAUGACCAUGCUUAAACAACACUUGUUCAGACACCAAGGACACAUUGGAGCAUAUCUUGUGGUGGCAGGUGUUGACCCUACAGGUGUUGGAUUGUUCACAGUACAUGCGCACGGAAGUACGGACAAGUUGCCAUAUGUUACCAUGGGAAGUGGUUCACUUGCUGCGAUGUCUGUGUUUGAGACACAAUGGAAAUCUAAGAUGACAGAGGAUGAGGCUGUUCAGUUGGCAUCAAAUGCUAUUCAAGCUGGUAUCUUUAACGAUUUGGGUUCCGGAUCGAACGUGGAUGUGGCAAUUAUCACAAAAGAUAAGACAACACUGAAGAGAGGUUUCGUCAAGCCAAAUGAGAGAAGCAAAAAGCAGAAGAGUUAUGUUUUCCCUAGAGGAACCACGGCCGUUCUCAACGAAAAGAUCAUUACAAGGGAGGAGAUCAGUAAAUAUGUCACAGUACAUGAGAUUGAAGGCGAGGCUGCGUUAGGGGAGAAAAUGGACAUCGAUGCUUGAGGAUGGAAAGGUUGUCUAGGACGGGGUCUCUACUUGUAUCAAAAGACUAAAUUCAAGGAAAGGCGCAUCACAAAUAUCAUGUAGCUUGAGGAGAAUGCGUUGACGUUAUAAUGAAAUAUACGAUGGGAGCUAAGGCUUCAUCAUACUCAACCGGUUUUUUUAUAUUGAUGAUUCCAAUUGUAGUUUAAGGUGACAGACAAUGGACUGGUACCA